AAAAACAUUCCAUACAUAUCCACAAGUGAAAAUGGGUUGCGACAAAUAUGUGAUAAUCGCCCUUGUUUCCGUUGUAGGUUUAAUAAUCCCGGCGAGUGGGCAGAACGCGGCGCAGGACUACGUGAACGCCCACAACGGACCCCGGAGCCAAGUGGGCGUGGGGCCGGUGAGCUGGAAUCCGACACUGGCCACGUACGCGCUGAACUAUGCCAACACGAUGACCGGGAGCUGCAAUCUGACGCACUCGACGGGGCCCUACGGGGAGAACCUAGCCAAGGGCAGCAGCAGCAGCUUCACGGGAGUGUCGGCGGUCAACCUCUGGGCCGCCGAGAAGCAAUACUACGACCACGCCAACAACUGCUGCAUCGGCACCAACCAGUGCUUGCACUACACGCAGCUCGUGUGGCACGAUUCCACCCAGAUAGGCUGCGCCCGCGUCCGAUGCAACAACGGCUGGUACUUCGUCAUCUGCAGCUACCAGCAACCCGGCAACUGGGAAGGCGAGUCGCCUUAUUAGAAAUAACCUAAUUUAUGGACACACCAUAGUAGUGGAAAUGCAUAUAUAUAAGCUUUCCGCUCUGCUCUACACUAAAUAAGGCUCUCUUUAAUUUUUAGCCAAGAACAUAAGCAACUGUAUUACUUCACACCAUACAUUAUUAGCUUACGUUCUUUUUCUUAAUUUCUUUCUUCUUUUUUUUGGAAGUCCUUGAGGCCUAUAUAUAUGCAGGCCCAAAAAAUAUAUAAAGCUAGCUAAGAGUUAUCUAAUUGCAGAUGCAUGAUCAAAUGUUUCUGGUUAUGUGGGGAAUUGCAAGUUAAGUUUAGCCUGUUAA